CUUCGAACAACAUGCCGCUACUGCAUAGUAGUAUUCAAACCAACUCAUCUCCCCAUUUCUUUUACAACGUGGCAAGCCAUUUGCCGCUCCAUCCUCUAUCGUCGAACACCCACCUAACCACGUCCGCACCCUGCCGUCCGGGGUCGUCAUCAUGGUCCGCACUCGAGCUCAGAGAGGUCAGCCCUUGACAGGCAACCGAUCCCAGGGCAUCCGCAAAAGCGCACCUCAAAAGCGCCGUCGCCUCCGAGAUCCAGACCCAACAGACACGCCACAAGAUCAAGCUGGAUCAGAUCAAUCCAAAGUUCCGUCAUCUCCAACGGAUGGGCCUCGAAAACGAAAGGAUCGACAAAUAUCCGUUGAUUCCAAACACCAGAAGCCGUUACCUGCCGUUGCAGAUCCACCCAAGCACACUUCAGACGAACAUACUCGGAAACGCAGACGAACAUCUCUUGACCAACAAGACCCUUCUCACCCUUCUCUCCGUUCCGCGCGCAACUCUCCACCCAUCGCCAGGCCUCUCGAGCCCCCAGCUGUGCCGAAUUUGCCAGUAUCGCCGGCUCCCGCACCGGUUCCGGAAGAAGCCACAAGUGGUGAUACCGACGAGAGGCAAUACAUCAUCGAUUAUUGGAGGAGAGAAGGCUCUUGGCCCAGGAAAUAUUUCGAACAGGACGACUACACCAGGAAAGACUUCGAUAAGCUAAUGGAUUCAACUACAAGGGUUCAAACCCUUCUGUUCUCAUGUUACGAUCCAGUCGCAAGGCUUCGUUUCGCGGAGAAGGAUGCCCCGCCAUCUCUCAGCCGCAAACGAUCUGGAUCCAACAGUUCUACGCCAACUUCGAUGCCGCCACCCUCCACGCCGUCACCUUCUACAACGAUGGCGUCCAGCGAAUGGAGACCAAGAGAAGAGAAGAGCGCCCCGUACCGGAGUGUCCAAUACCAGUCCGUACUCGAGACCAAAGGUUCUUACAUGAAGACGUCACCGUUAGGUAUCACGGAUGAGAGUAGGAACCUUUGCAGGACCCUCCUCGACACUGAACAACCGGCUCCCAAAAAUACACUUUUCGACGACGACAUUUUUGAGAGUGUCUGCGAGAGUCUUGCGAACAAGAAUGAGGCUACGGUUUUUCUCGAUAUUCUUCGGCUGAUCGUUCCUUCGGCGGUGCAUUACGCCCUUCGUGCCAAACACCUCGAACACCUCAAUUACCUUACCGAAAGUGUAAAUGAGGGCUGGAACAGAUGUUUCCCCUUGACCGGCAUUCGUCCUCAGCCCGAUUACUCUGUUGGUUUCCAACGAGACGCCUUCACGCAAGACCAGAUCGAUAAACUCAUGCCCUUUACUGGUGACAUGGGAUACCGGUCCCUUUUCAAGGCCACGUACCACAUGUACUUCCCCUUCCUAACCUGUGAGAUGAAAUGCGGCGCUGCAGCACUCGAUAUCGCAGACCGCCAAAACGCCCACAGUAUGACACUUGCGGUCCGGGCCAUCGUCGAGCUCUUCCGUAUUGUAAAGCGUGAAGAUGAAGUUAACCGGCAAAUUCUUGCCUUCUCCGUCUCGCACGACCACCAAUCUGUACGGAUCUACGGCCAUUACCCGGUCAUAACAGACAAAGAUACCAAAUAUUAUCGGCACCCGAUCCGCAAGUUUGACUUUACUGACUUGGACGGCAAGGAGAAGUGGACAGCGUACCGAUUCAUCAAGAACGUCUACGAUAUAUGGGUGCCCGAUCAAUUCAAGAGGAUUUGCUCUGCCAUUGACCAGUUGUUGGUGCCCGAUUCCGGUGUUUCAUUACCUUCUGAGGCAACUGGACUUUCGCAGGACGUGGGAAAUAUGCUGCAGUUGGAGCAACCUACAGCCACUCCAUCGCAAGACGUGGGGAAUCCGGUGCAGUCGGAGCAGUCCAUGGCCACUCCAUCUCAGAACGUGGGAAAUUUGCCGCAGUCGGAGCAACCUACGGCUACUCCAGACCCUUCACUUACAAGACCGAAAGCGGCAAAGAGGAGAAAGGGUCAAGUCAAAACGUGAAUACGUAGCAUUGUUUUGGAUAUCACACAAGCCGUCGCAACGUGAUGGUCAGUUGAUGCGUGCCCCCACCCCAGUUAUCCUCCUUCCCUUGUAGUCCCUGAAGUCGUCGCCGGUCUCUUCAAGUUCCACCUCGAAAUCAAAUUCCCGGAAUGAUUAAAUGCUGGGAAGCCGCUGCUUUCCGGGCAGUUCAAUUGCCACUUUCAUUAGACAUGAAACGAAGCCAUCAUGAAGUCAUCGUCAACAGCCCGAGAACGCUUCGUUCUUUGUAGCACCUACUAUUCAAC